AUGAAUGUUCUCUACUUUCACCCAGCCAACUGGCCAGAUUUGGGAGCAUUCAGUGCCCCCUCUCUGUCUUUGCGGGUUGAGGACCGUGGCAGAGAUGUCUGGACACCGCAUAUUGUAGUGGAGGUCAAGUUUCCCUGUGCCCCUGAGGUCCUGUGUCAGGUCGAUUCAGAAGGAUGCUGCUCCGUGUUGUUUAUACUGUCUGAUAUUAGCGCUGUCACGGUGACCCUGUUCAACAGACAGCGGCCGACGGAGAGGGAGACCCGCACCGGAUCCGUGAGCUAUGAGGACGAGGACAAGGAGUUCAGUGUAGAAUUUGGAGGCCUGGUUCCAGGUCAGGAGUAUUGUGUUGUGGCCACCUUCAGAUCCUCUGCCACCUCUCAGCCGGUCUGCCAACAGCUAAACACACUUCCUGUAGACCUGAGGCCCAUAUUGCUGGGUACUGCAUUGAGCGUUUGUUUCUUCAUACCCCUUGUGGUUGCAUACCUGAAGAGACGAAAAACACACACAUCAGAGUACCGCCUCCCACGAUCACUGGCAGGUCUCCUUGAGCCCGCGUCCGGCCUUCCCGUCCCUGUUGUGGCUGCUGGCGUGCUGUCUGCCAAGGACAGCCCCUCCAUCAUCUCCCUCUGCAGCUGUGACUUCCAGCCCACCGCCACCCAGCUCCCAGCACCCAGCCCAGGCCAGCACCAGUACUACUCCAGCGCCUUCCCCAAGCACCCUCCCUGGGACGCACGUGGCUCUGGAAGUGGGGGGUCUGUGCCUGAAGGCCUGGAGGUCCCUCAGACCCCCCUGUUUCGAAAGGGCAGCUGGGACUCCGAGGUGCAGACAGACAGGGGACCCCAACAUGGGGAAGGGUUCACGUCUCUCCUAGAUGGUGUAGGGAUCCCGCUUAGCUCUCUGAGACUGGGGAUGGGUGAGGAGGGGGACUGGGUUUACCUCCACGAAGGAUUAAUGGUACAGUCCGGAUGUGAGAUUUCCACUAGGAAGGACGAAGUUGAUAUGUACCAUGGAGAAAUGGAGGGGGUGGGGGACAUUUCCUAGGUGAACCUAAUCUACUCUAGAUGUGAUCGAAGCUGAUGUGUAGGGACUAGCUGGAUGAAUGUCUCCCUUUGUUGUAAUUAUUCAACAGCAAAAUGCUCCUCAGUGGAAAAAUACAAAUGUGCAAAUCACAAGCAGAAAUUUUCUGGGAAAUGACGCGGAUCCCAACUACAAGCUAAAUUAAAUAAUGGGGAGUACGGGCAACUUGAAGACAUUAAUCAACAAGUCGGAAGCCACCCCUGCAGAAGAAAGUGUUAAUGCUUGAUUUGCUUUCAGCUGGAGAUGAACAACACCUAUCGUGAGGAGCAGAAGCGUUCACUGGGGUGGAAAUCCAAACCACAGAGCUAGCUGUGGCCGGGCUCGCUGAUGUGAGUGUGUGAGGGGAGAAAAUGUUUGUGUGAGCAUGUGCUCAACUUGCAGUUUUUUUUUGUGUGUGGGAGAAAAAGUCAUGGUUGGCAUUGUAUAGUGAUGAGCUGACCUUUAAAAAGUGCCAUAUUGGUCACUAUUGAUUCAUAUCCACUAAUGACUAGCCAUUUAAAAAACAAAAGGUGGAAAAACCUUAAAUGUCAGGUUCUUGUUGACAGCUUUCAUAGCAACGGAAUAGGGUUACACACGGCUCAAAAAACUUAACCACAUGCCCAAACAGAACAGAAGUGAGAGAGCCAGGGUGUCAUUGCACUCUAGCCACAAUGCACAGGCCAUGAAACCAUGGUGACAAGUCCUCUUCAAAUGAAUUCUAUACAGCGUGUGGCUAACCACC